AUGGCCGGAGGCUAUACUGCCAUGAGGAAGUUUCUUUCAACAACAGAUCCAAGUGCAUGUACCUUAUAUAAGAUGGAAGUACUGAGAGAUGCUGACUCAAGGACUAAACCUCUAUUUAGAGUUACAUCACACAAUGGAGAGGAGUUUAAGGGGUCCACUCCAUCUGCUUGCUGGAAUAAAAUAUGCAAAAGAACGAGGAAGGUGCAAAUAAGCCGUCCUGAUUGUGAAGCUGAAGUUGAACCUGAACGGGGUUUUGAAUCUGGAUCUGAUAUGUACGGUUUUUCGCACCCGGAAGUUUCAAAACUCAUAAUGGAAUUAUCCGAUGGCAGAUUUUUCUCCAAAUCCUCCCAGACUUCUUCUAAACGAAGCAGAAGCCUGUCCUCUACUGACAGUCCUAUUCAUGUAGAAUGGAAGGACCUUGAUAAGUGCAAUGUUUGCCAUAUGGAUGAGGAGUACGAGAAUAAUUUGUUCUUGCAGUGUGAUAAAUGCAGAAUGAUGGUUCAUGCAAAAUGCUAUGGGGAAUCGGAGCCUAAUAGUGGUGUUCUUUGGUUAUGCAACUUAUGUCGUCUAGGGGCUACUGACAACCUUCAAUGCUGCUUGUGCCCGCUUGCAGGAGGAGCUAUGAAACCUACUACUGAUGGCCGUUGGGCUCAUCUCGCUUGCGCUAUAUGGAUACCAGAAACUUGCUUAUCUGAUGUUAACAAAAUGGAGCCUAUCGAUGGAAUAAGUAGAAUAAAUAAGAACCGCUGGAAGCUGUUAUGCAGCAUUUGUCGCGUUGCUCGUGGAGCAUGUAUUCAGUGCUCAAAUAAUAAUUGUCAUGUAGCUUAUCAUCCUCUUUGUGCACGUGCUGCUGGCUUUUGCCUUGAGCCUGCGUAUGAGGAUAGACUUCAUAUGAUUCAUUUUGAUGAGGAUGAGGAGGAUCAGUGCAUUCGGCUACUAUCCUACUGUAGGAGACAUAGGCCCGUAUCCAAAAAACGUUUGUUUUCUAAUGAGCGGUUUGGUCUAAAUGCUUGUGAACAUGCAGACUACACUCCUCCAUUAAAUCCUACAGGCUGUGCUCGCACUGAGCCCUAUAAUUGUUUCGGAAGGCGAGGGAGUAGGGAACCUGAAGUCCUCGCUACAGCUUCAUCAAAGCGCCUGUAUGUGGAGAACAAACCAUACUUGGUUGGUGGCUACAGCCCCCAUAUGUCGUUGGGGAACAAAAUAUCAACCAUUUCUCUUUCUGGUUCUAAAUAUUCUAUUGACCUUCAGAAGCUAAAAACUUCUCAACUCGAUCCGUUUAGUAAUGUUCUUUCAAUGGCUGAGAAGUACAAAUACAUGAGGGAAACCUUUAAAAAGAGGCUGGCAUUUGGUAAGUCUGGUAUACAUGGUUUUGGCGUCUUUGCUAAAUGUCCACAUAGAGCGGGAGACUUGGUGAUUGAAUAUACCGGUGAACUUAUUCGACCUCUAGUAGCUGACAAGAGAGAACACUUGACAUACAAUUCAUUAGUGGGUGCUGGAACUUAUAUGUUCCGAAUUGAUGAAGAACGUAUUAUUGAUGCCACAAGGGCGGGAAGCAUAGCAAAUUUGAUCAACCACUCGUGUGAACCAAAUUGCUACUCGAGGGUCAUAACUCUCAACGGUGAUGAGCACAUUAUCAUUUUUGCCAAAAGAGAAAUUAAGCAGUGGGAAGAACUAACAUAUGAUUACAGGUUUUUCUCAAUUGAUGAACGUCUUGCUUGUUACUGUGGCACCCCCAGAUGUAGAGGUGUAGUGAAUGACACCGAAGCUGAGGAACGAGCAGCGAAGAUAUAUGCACCCAUCAGUGAAUUGAAAGACUGGUAA